AUGCAAACGUUUGAUCUAUAUAUCAAUGGCACCGAGUGCAAAGGCGGCUCUGGGUACGAGGACGCUCUGAACCCAUACACCGAGCAGCCAUGGGCUAAAAUAGCUCAGGCUUCAACGGAAGAUGUCCAGAAGGCUGUUGAAGCAGCUGAAACAGCCUUGGAAGCCUGGAGCAAGGUAUCAGGACUUCAACGAGCCAAGUUGAUGCACAAACUUGCCGACCUCAUCGAAGAAGAAGCCGAUACUUUGUCCAAGAUUGAGACUUCGGACAAUGGCAAGAUCCGUCGGGAAACCAAAAGCCAGAUGUUCUUCUCGGCACGUAACUAUAGGUUCUUCGCCGGCAUGGCGGACAAGUUGGUCGGCGAAACGAAACCACUCGACAGUCCAGCAGCAUUCGACUUUACCAAACGCGAGCCUAUCGGCGUUUGCGCGCUCGUAACCCCGUGGAACAGUCCUAUUGCAAUCCUCACCAACAAACUCGCUCCAUGUCUUGCUGCAGGUAACACUUGCGUCAUUAAGCCGAGCGAGUUCACCACGGCGAGCACCUUGUACUUUGUCAAGAUCGUCGAACGAGCAGGCUUUCCACCUGGCGUCGUGAACGUGGUCGCUGGUAAGGCUGAGUUGGGUCAAGCGUUGGUGACACAUCCUUCCCUUGGACGUGUCAGCUUCACAGGCAGCGUAGGUAUUGGUAGAAUUAUCGCCAAACAGGCCGCCGAGAACAUCGUGCCUGUCACACUUGAGCUGGGAGGCAAGUCCGCCAACAUCCUCCUGGACGAUGCCGAAUUGGACCGGGCAAUUCCAGGGAGCGUCGCGGGUAUCUUUGCCGCCUCAGGGCAGACAUGUAUCGCUGGCUCGCGACUUCUGGUCCAUCGUUCCAUCUACGACAAAGUGCUCCAAGGAAUACUGGAGCGCAUAAAAACGAUACGCUUCGGCGAUCCACAGGAUAUGACGACGGACAUUGGACCCUGUGCUCACCGGGGUCAGUGGGAAGCUAUCCAUCGCCAUAUCGAGAAGGCCGAGAAGGAUGGAGCAAAGCUGCUUGUUGGAGGUCGGGCAGCCAGUGAAAAAAUGGGUGGUCUCUUUGUCGCCCCUACGGUAUUUGGUGACGUUGACCCAGCAAGCGACUUGGCCCAGAAUGAAGUCUUUGGUCCGGUGUUGGCGCUGAUACCAUUUGAUACGGAUGACGAGGCCGUCAAAAUUGCCAACGGCACCAAGUUUGGUCUGGCAGCAGGUGUCUGGACAUCCAACAUUCGUCGUGCUCACAUAAUGGCGAAUCGGCUUAAUGCUGGGCAGGUCUGGGUCAACACUUACAGAUCCAGCGCGGCCAUGGCACCGUUUGGCGGCUUUGGACAGAGUGGUUACGGCAAGGAACGAGGUACGGAGGCUUUAUUGGAGUACACGCGCCUCAAGAACGUCAUGAUAGACCUGAGUGAAGAGGUGCGGGAUCCGUUCACGAUCAAACUAUAG